CGAUUUCUGUUGAAAAAAGCGCUUUUCUACAGCCCCUGACGAUGUUGCGCCUCGCGACCGCGUUUCUCCUCACCCUGGGGCAGGCAGUGAACGAUGUCCUGCAGAUGGAUGAUCAAUGUGACAGUGGCGAUUGCAGCUUAGAACUCAUCCACUUGCGGGGGCAGCGACAGGAUCAUGCCAUCAGGUUGAUCAAUCAUCAGAUUGAAGACAACAAGAAGUACGAGGUUGCGGUUGCCGACGACAGUGCAGCAACUUGCAGCCCAGAGGGUGGAGCUCAGAUCACUUGUGCGGAGACCCACAAGUGCUGCACAUCCAAACGUUCCUACUUGGCAGGCACAGCACAUGAGAGUCAGCCGCGUUUGGCCCUCUAUGCAAUUUGCUGCCCUUUGGACACGCAUUGCAAAUUUGACACCAUCUUCGUCUCAUGCGCACCCGGCGCCGGACCAGAUGACUACUCUGGAGUGAUUGCGGGCUUGCAGUACAACCAGAAUGAAAAGGCUGAGAUGAACCAGGAUGCUGCUGCGUUGAUCAAUCAUCAGAUUGAAGACAACAAGAAGUACGAGGUUGCGGUUGCCGACGACAGUGCAGCAACUUGCAGCCCAGAGGGUGGAGCUCAGAUCACUUGUGCGGAGACCCAAAAGUGCUGCACAUCCAAACGUUCCUACUUGGCAGGCACAGCACAUGAGAGUCAGCCGCGUUUGGCCCUCUAUGCAAUUUGCUGCCCUUUGGACACGCAUUGCAAAUUUGACACCAUCUUCGUCUCAUGCGCACCCGGCGCCGGACCAGAUGACUACUCUGGAGUGAUUGCGGGCUUGCAGUACAACCAGAAUGAAAAGGCUGAGAUGAACCAGGAUGCUGUUGCGUUGAUCAAUCAUCAGAUUGAAGACAACAAGAAGUACGAGGUUGCGGUUGCCGACGACAGUGCAGCAACUUGCAGCCCAGAGGGUGGAGCUCAGAUCACUUGUGCGGAGACCCACAAGUGCUGCACAUCCAAACGUUCCUACUUGGCAGGCACAGCACAUGAGAGUCAGCCGCGUUUGGCCCUCUAUGCAAUUUGCUGCCCUUUGGACACGCAUUGCAAAUUUGACACCAUCUUCGUCUCAUGCGCACCCGGCGCCGGACCAGAUGACUACUCUGGAGUGAUUGCGGGCUUGCAGUACAACCAGAAUGAAAAGGCUGAGAUGAACCAGGAUGCUGUUGCGUUGAUCAAUCAUCAGAUUGAAGACAACAAGAAGUACGAGGUUGCGGUUGCCGACGACAGUGCAGCAACUUGCAGCCCAGAGGGUGGAGCUCAGAUCACUUGUGCGGAGACCCACAAGUGCUGCACAUCCAAACGUUCCUACUUGGCAGGCACAGCACAUGAGAGUCAGCCGCGUUUGGCCCUCUAUGCAAUUUGCUGCCCUUUGGACACGCAUUGCAAAUUUGACACCAUCUUCGUCUCAUGCGCACCCGGCGCCGGACCAGAUGACUACUCUGGAGUGAUUGCGGGCUUGCAGUACAACCAGAAUGAAAAGGCUGAGAUGAACCAGGAUGCUGUUGCGUUGCUUCGCCUGAACGGAG